GUGACUGUUGGUUGCUGGCAGCAGUGUCUAACCUCACACUCAACCCUCAGCUCUUCCAUGUGGUGGUGCCACGAGACCAAGGAUUCGUAGAAUUCUAUGCAGGCAUUUUCCAUUUUAAAUUCUGGCAGUAUGGAAAAUGGCAGGAAGUUGUGGUUGAUGAUAUGCUGCCCACUUAUAAUAACCAGCUUGUGUUCAUGCAUUCUAAAACCAAAAAUGAGUUUUGGUGUGCACUUCUGGAGAAAGCAUAUGCCAAGGUGUAUGGCGGAUACGAAGCCCUGCGAGGAGGAAACAUUAACGAGAGUAUGGUUGACCUGACAGGUGGUGUAGUAGAGAUGAUUGACCUCCGUAAUCCACCUCCUAGACUCUUUUCACUCUUGUGGAAGGCUUACCGUAGGGGUGCUCUAAUAGGCUGUGCUAUAGAG